AUGGAACGUAUCUACAACGCUAAGAGGUGUCCGGAUGACAACCGGUUGGCCUUUACAGAAUACUUGCUGACUAGAGAUGCUAGCCACUGGUGGACGAGCAUGAAAGCUAUUUUAACGGACACUCAGAGUCCCAUUACUUGGGCGGUUUUCAGGAGUAAGUUCUAUGAGGAAUACUUCCCAGACAACGUUCGUUACGCUAAGGAAGUUGAGUUCCUUCAACUGGUGCAAGGAGCGAAAUCUGUGUCGGAGUAUACCAACACUUUCAAACAUCUGUUGAGGUUUAAUACCAUGGCGACCAGUGAGGAGUGGCAAUGUAGAAAGUUUGAAAACGGGCUGAGGAGUGAUCUGAAGGUGUUAAUCUCCAGCUUAUGUAUUCGGUCAUUCCCUGCAAUGGUCGAGAGGGCCAAAGUAUUGGAGAAAAACAUGGCUGAAGUCGAACAACAGAAGAAACAAUAA